AUGGGUGUUUACAGAGACGAAGCCGAGUAUUCAUCUCAAAUCUCAGCUCCCAGGUUGUUCAAAGCAUUGGUGGUGGACGCUGAAAACUUUGUUCCGAAGCUUCUUCCUGAGGUCGUGAAGAGCAUUCAAGUGGUCCACGGAGAUGGUGGCCCCGGCAGCAUCAGGCAGAUUCAUAUCGCUGAAGGUGAGAAAGUGAGAAGCGUGAAGAACAGAAUUGAUGAGAUGAACGAGGAGCGUCUGGCGUUCAGCUACACUACGAUCGAAGGAGACGUAUUAAAGGACAAGUUCGAGAGCAUUGCUUAUGAAGUUAAGUUUGAGGCAAAACCAGAUGGGGGAAGCAACAACAAGAUCAUCAUAAAGUAUAAUACCAAGGGAGAUUAUGAGAUGAGUGAAGACGAGAUCAAGAAAGGGAAGGAAACGACUCUGGACAUUUACAAAGUCGUGGAAGCCUAUCUUCUCCAGAAUCCUGAUCUAUAUGCUUGA